GAGACACCGAGUUUUGUGGGGAGCCAACACAGUGCUGUCGUCCACGCAUCACUUUGUGGGAAUCGGGUGGAGGUGAUGAAACACGUUGAAAGAUCGAGGGAAAAGCAACGAAUGCACAAGAUGAAUCUUAAGAUGAGCAUCUGACGAGAACAUAUACCUUCUGCAUCGGUCUUGUUCCCACCCGGCGCUGCAUAGAACAGGCCAAUCCAACCCAAUACAUGGACAGGCAGGUACUUUGUGGCAAUGCGUAUUGUCGCAGAGGUGGGUAGCUUCGGAGCUCGCAUUUUACAUUUUAGGAGAGGAGGGAGUAGCGGGCAAGCCAUGGCGGCUCUCAAAACCAUGUCAGUGCUGCACACGGUGUCCAGUGGCACUCGUCGUUUGGUCCCUCCGUCUCCGUGUCUGCUUCCAUUCUUGCAGGGUUUCAAUGGCACGCGCAGUGGUAAUCGAUUGCUGGGUGCUGGGUGCUGGCCUAAAUUAUUUCAUCAUGCAACAUGGUGCUCACGGAUACGGGCUGACGCGGGAGUUGUGGUUUCGGACGCAUCUGAGAAAGAGUUUCAGUCGGGAGCCUUUGUGGAUGGGUUCUUAGGGGUUCAGAGCGAGGAGGCUGGAAGGGAGCUGACUACUUCGGAAAUCAUAUUUUUGGGAACAGGAACUAGUGAAGGCAUACCUAGAGUUAGCUGUUUGACGAACCCGGACAAAUCUUGCCCUGUGUGCCUGGCCGCAGCACAGUUAGGCAACAAAAACAGGCGCCGCAAUACCAGUUUGUUAGUGCGGUAUUUGGCUCCUGACGGAAGUUUGUAUAAUAUUCUCAUUGAUGCUGGCAAAUUCUUCUAUCACAGCGCACUACAAUGGUUUCCGUACUAUGGAAUAAGGAAGAUAGAUUCGGUAAUUAUUACCCAUGCACAUGCUGACGCCAACGGUGGAUUGGACGAUUUGCGGGAUUGGACCAAUAAUGUACAACCUCAUAUACCGAUAUAUGUGGGUCUUCGUGAUUUAACGGUAAUGGCCAAAUCUCACUACUACUUGGUGGACACAACCGUCAUCAUGAAAGGGACAGCCGUAACAAAGCUACAAUUUAUUCCCAUGAGUGAAGAGCCCUUCCAAGUGCAUGGCCUCAAGGUGACUCCGUUGCCCGUCUGGCAUGGGCCAGGCUAUCGGUCUCUUGGAUUUCGAAUUGGUGAUGUUUGUUACAUCAGUGAUGCAAGCGAGAUCCCUGCCGAGACGUAUCCACUUCUGGAAAACUGCGAUCUUCUCAUUCUGGAUGCCUUGAGACCGGAUCGAUCAAGUUCGACACAUUUUGGAAUGCCUGCGGCACUAGAAGAAGUAAGGAAAAUUCGCCCGAAGCGAACGCUCUUUACAGGGAUGAUGCACACGAUGGACCACCACAAAAUCAAUACGUUCCUUGCAAAACUGCUGGAGAGUGAAGGUUUGGAUGUCCAGUUAAGCUUCGACGGUAUGAAGCUACCAAUCCACUUGUAGAUCCCAUGAUAUGAACUUGGUACAGCCUCUUGGCAAUCAUCAAGAUUAGGUAGUGUCGCACCAGUUGUGGAGCAUUUCGACUUGUCGACCCGAGACGUACACACUGAAAGAGAGCUUAUAUUGUUGUUCAGCAGUCGCGCGGAUGAAGCUCCAUCUGUUACUGCAACUUUAAUGUGUGGCUGCUUGGACCAGUGAAUUAUCAGGGCGACAGACAUUUAUGCUCAAAAUCAGUUGAUACUUGAACGAUGUUGUAGAAUUAGUCUGCCAUUCUAUUCUAUCCACCCUCUUGAAUUCAUAAUGAAGCUUAUUUUCGGGCGAUAGUUUGCCGAGGAAUUCUUUGAAAGCAA